AUGAAACACACGGCAACAACCUUGCCUAGUACUCCAUAUGAGUAUAAGCUACGUAGAUACCGAGUGCGUAAAGUUAAAAGAGAAGAAGUAGUUGAUUUUGAUGAUUUAGAAGUCUUUGCUAGGGGUGAAGGGGCUAAGAAAGUAGAAGAAGCCGAACGAGUUGGAGCUUCAGCAGCUGUCCGCCGACUUCUACGCCGUCGCGAUCUAGAAUCCUGUGUUCGUGCGAAUUGUCAAGAUGAUAUGCGAGCGGUUGGAUUGGAAGUACGCGUGGUAGAAGAAGAUCCAGCUGCAAUUGCUUAUACGUUUGAUAUGGUGCCUUGGGAACGAGCUGUAGAUAGUGCAUUACCCCCUGGAGAUACGGAAUCAAGAUUACUUUUGGAUGCGGAUUUUGAUGCGGUUAAAUGGGAGGAGGGAGUUCUUUAUGAUGACCGGAUGUUUAGUACGGCUCGGCGUGAUGCCCAUUUAGUAGUUGAUGCCAAUGAUAAGAACUUGCUUUUUGAUAUCAUAGAUAAGGGUAAAGAGAAAAAACCAAAACGGAAGAAGACUAAACCUACUAAUAAGUAUAAUAUUUCUGGUGAUCGUCAUUAUGUAGAACCUAGUGAAACAAAAAGUGCUUUGGGAGUUCAAGGGGUGCAACACUCAGUGCCGGCUUUAAAACUAGUUCCUGAACUGUAUAAGACUUACUUGGGUAAGGAUGAGUUAAGACAUUUCCAUCGACCGCCUUUAGUUAUUCCGGGUUUAGUUGAGAUAAGAUUUACACCUUUACAUUCAGCGACUGGGAAGGCUUCAGCUUUGUUUAAGAAGAAGAGAGAACUUACGCUUAGUGAUGCUUCUGAAUGUGUGCUAUUGGAGUACUCAGAAGAGAUUCCACCUUUGUUACAGAAUGCAGGUAUGGCUAGUGUUUUAACUACUUAUGUAAGAAGGGGACCACGAGAAGUACCUCCAGUUGUACCAGUAGGUAGUGUGACGUACUUAGAGCCUAAAGAUCCUUCGCCUUUCUUGUUCCUUGGUGAUGUUAAUUCGGGUGAAGCAGCUCCGGCUAUUAUCAAUAAUCUUUAUAAGGCGCCGCUUUUCUUCCAUCGUUCAACCGAUCUGAUUGGGAUUAGAGUUAGUGCUAGUACGGAUGGGAGUGGUGGAGGAAGUGGAGGUAGUGGUGGUAGUGGAGGAAGUGGUGGUAGUGGAGGUAGUGGGAGUACGAGUGGAUCUUCUUAUGUUUAUUAUAUUAGACCAAUUGGUUCCUUGGCGGUGGUCGGUCAGACUUUACCCAUGGAUGAAGCCUUUUCUCCACAUUCCCGGCGGCAUAAUGUCUUCUGUAAGAACCGACUGAAAGUAGCUGCUUAUCGUAUCUUCUAUGCUAAGGGCAAUCGAGAACGUAAGAUGCACAUUCAUCAACUGGAUGCACUCUUUCCUCAUUUUAGUGAGGGUAGUAAGCGUAAAUGGUUGAAGGAGUAUGCUGAGUGUGUUAAACGGGGUAAAGAGAACGUUUGGGUUUUGAAACCUUCAGCUUCACUCUUAUCAGAAGAAGAUCUACGUCGGGCUGUAACUCCAGAACAAGUUUGCCAGUAUGAAGCUAUGCUAGCUGAAGAAAGAAGGCUUAAAGAUGCCGGAGUUGUAUUAGCAGCUGAAGAAGAAGGUGGUGAAGAGGAAGAGUUAAGAAUGGCCGUUUGGAACUGUACGCGUAACUUUGUCAAUGCCACCGCUGGUAAAGGUAUGCUGGAAAUAAGUGGACCUGGUGAUCCGACGGGAAUUGGCGAGGGGUUCAGCUUUGUCCGAGUGAAACGCCGGGAGAAGGAGGCCGAUGAUGAAGAGAAGAAAACAACGACUGAGCAAAUGGCUGCAUACAAGGCCUUAAUUAAGGAAAUCUGGGAUAAACAAGCUGCAUCUUUGCGCUGUACUACUACUGAACGGAUUGAUAAUGAAAAUCCAGUCGUACGAAGUGUACCGCAUCGAACAACCACCACACUUAGUAAUACAAGUGGGUCUCCUAAAGUUAAUAAUCAAGGUCGGCCUAGUAAAGUACUUAGUAUUACUAGAACGGUCGUACGUGGUGAUAAGAAGAGUCAAGAAACAGAGAUUAUUACGGAUGUACGAGUAAUUGAGGCUUACUUGAAGGCUCGGAAACGACAGAAGCGGGAGGAGACACGCACUUCUCUUCGUUGUGGUUCAUGUGGGCAGAUAGGCCAUAUGAAAACGAACAAGUCUUGUAUGAACUAUAAAGGGAAAGUAGUGGAGCGGAAAGAGCGACGGAAGAGUCCUUUGGCUAUGCUAAGUGAAAUAAUUCUAGGAGUAGUGAAAGAACUAAUGGCGGUGCCUUUUUCAAUUGCAUUCCAUCGUCCGGUCUCUUUGAAGAAGUUCCCUAACUACUUGGCCUUUGUGAGUCAGCCUAUUGAUUUAACUACUAUCAAAACAAAAGCUCGUUUGGGGAAGUAUCGGCGUUAUCAGGAAUUUUUGGAUGAUGUACGACUAAUGAGUAAUAACUGCAAUACUUACAAUGGGCCGGGACAUUCGUUGACUAAAAUAUCUACAGAGAUGAUUGAACUGGCUCAAUCUGCUUAUGAUAGUAAUCGUGAGGCCAUUGUGCUUUUGGAGGAAAAGGAAACUCCUCGUGAGGCGUAG